AUGGAGCAACGCAUAAAGUUUUGCUUCAAGUUAGGCAAAACGGCGACGGAGACACAUGACAUGUUAGUGAAAGUUUACGGCCAGGAAGCAGUGAGUAAAAAGUGUGUUUAUGAGUGUUUUAAACGCUUUACAGACGGAAAGGAGGAUGUCAAAGACAGGCACCAGGUUCCAGUUUUGGAUCGCCCACCAUAUUCUCUAGAUCUGGCUCCCGCGGACUUCUUCCUGUUUCCCCGCCUCAAAGGAGUUCUGAAAGGCCAACACUUUUCCGACAUUACUGAGAUCCAACAACGUGUGACAACGGUGCUUCGACCCACACCGACAGAAGCGUUUGCAGACAGUUUCCAACAAUUGUACACCCGAUGUCAAAAGUGUAUUGUUGCUAAUGGCGAAUACUUUGAAGGCCAGUAA